AUGAGCGGCGCCUGCACGAGCUACGUGAGCGCCGAGCGGGAGGUGGUGCGCGGCUUCAGCUGCCCGCGGCCCGGGGGCGAGGCGGCCGCCGUCUUCUGUUGCGGCUUCCGCGACCACAAGUACUGCUGCGACGACCCGCACAGCUUCUUCCCCUACGAGCACAGCUACAUGUGGUGGCUCAGCAUCGGCGCUCUUGUGGGCCUGUCCAUAGCGGCAGUGGUCCUCCUGGCCUUCAUUGUCACCGCCUGUGUGCUUUGUUGCCUGUUCAUCCGCUCAAAGCCCCACACAAAGUUGGACCCAGGCUUAAGCUUACAGACUACAGACCCUGACGAGGUACCCCCUGACUGCCAAGGUGGGAAUUCAGUGGCGGUGCCAAGAGGGAGCCCUCUCGGGCAGAGUCACCCCUUGCUGAACCCAUGGCUGGACUGCAAUGAGGAGCAGGCUACGGACCCCAAACGCCUCCUCCAGCACUGCUUCAUGGCUACAGUGACCGCCGGUGACAUUCUGGGCAGCCCUAGGAGGCCCCAGUCCCCAGUCUAGACCCAGCCCCAUAAGCAACCAAUAAACGUCU